AUGACCAAGACCAAAGAGCUGUCCAAUGAUGCCAAGGACAAGACUGUAGACCUGCACAAGGCUGGACUGGGCUACAAGACUAUUGCCAAGCAGCUUGGUGAGAAGGUGGCAACAGUUGGUGCAAUAAUUCACAAAUGGAAAAAACACAAAAUAACUGCCAACCUCCCUCGGUCUGGGGCUCCAUGCUAGAUCUCAUCUAGUGGAGUUGCAAUGAUCAGGAGAACGGUGCUGAAGCAGCCCAGAACUACACGGGGGAACUUGUCAAUGAUCUCAGGGCAGCUGGGACCAUAGUCACCAUGAAAACAGUUGGUAACACACUACGCUGUGAAGGACUGAGAUCUUGCAGAGCCCGCAAGGUCCCCUUGCUUGAGACAGCACAUGUACAGGCCCAUCUGCAGUUUGCCAAUGCACGUCUGAAUGACCCAGAGGAGAACUGGGUGAAAGUGUGCCGGUCUACACUCUUGUCCCUGACAUCCUUGGGCAGCUCUUUGGUCUUGGUCAUGGUGGCUACUUGGGAAUCUGCUGGAUUGAUUGCUUCUGUCCACAGGUGUCUUUUGUACAGGUACUGUAACGAGCUGGGAUUACAGGUAAGACCUCUCCCUUACAGCAGCUGCUUCUAAUCUCAGCUCGUUACAUACAGUGAAGAUACCAGGUAGCCUGACACCUGGCUGGUUGAUAGGGGUUCAAAUACUUAUUUCACUCACUAUAAUGCAUAUCAAUCUCUGAUUUUUGUCUUCUGGAUUUCUGGAGGUUUACCUGUUGUUAUUCUGUCUCUCACAGCUACAGUAAACCUACCAUUAAAAUUAUGGACUGGUCAUUUCUUUGUCAGGGCAAACGGGCAAAUUUAGCAGGGGAUCAAAUACUUUCCCCCCCUCACUGUAUGUAAGAGGCUUGUUUAUAAUAUAUUUUGGGGGUGUUUCAUGUUACUAUGUAGCUGCACUGUUUUAUACUUUCUGGAUGUCCCAAGAUCACACUACAAAGUAGUUCUGUUGUCUGUUAUAAGUCAAGCACUGCUGGGAGUUGUUUCUUUUUGUUUUCCAGUGGAUUUAUCCAAUUAAAAAAACUGGUGUGGCACAAUCAAAUUUUUAUUCUGAAAGUGUGGCCCAGAGAAAUAAGUUUGAGAGCCAAUGCCUUAAACACAGAUUAUCUUUUUGAGGGGAAACUGUAGGGUGGGGUGAGGAGACAAGGAAUGAAACAUAGGGUGUGGGAUGGGUUCAGCUCAAAGCAGUGGCGUAGCGUGGGGGGUGCAGGGGGGGCCGGCUGCACUGGGCGCAACAUCUGGGGGUUAGGGUUAGGGGGCGCAAAUCCACGGGUUAGGGGGCGCAAAUCCACGGGUUAGGGGGCGCAAAUUACUUGCCUUGCCCCGGGUGCUGACAACCCACGCUACGCCACUGGCUCAAAGGCCAUAUUAGCUCAUAGGCAGUUUGGGGGGACCGUAUGACAGUCAUGGGUAGAAUCAAAGGCGAAAGUGGAAAGGGCAAUGGCUCUGACUCUCUUGACUUUUUGAACAGUGGGCUACUUGUCCACCCAAGUCCCAGAAGUAAAUUUCAUUGAAUCCAACAGGGCUUACCCCCAUGUAAAUUGGGCUAAGAUUGCAGCCUGGGUUUUCUCGCUUGCUUGCUAUUGCUCCAGUUCAAAGGUUUGGAAAGCUUUGCUUAUCUGCUCCUGUCAGUGGGAGUUUUGGUGGGAAAUGAAUGAAAACUCUUUCAAACCACAGACUGAACACAUGGCAGAUAAGCAACUGGCAGAUAUCUCUCCCCCUCACUUUUCAGCAAACAUUAUUAGGGCAGGUGCGGCAAUUACUGGGAAUCUUGGAACUACCGCAGGGAGGACUGGCAGGGUGAGAGAGGAGGGGUGUUAAAUAGAGUGUCAAUCCCAAUGUGAAAGAAUAUUUAGAUUAUUGCCACAUUAGGCUUCUCAUAGAUUUAAAUUAGAAUCGGAUUAACCUCUGGCUUUGUAAGCACAUGGGGUCUGGCAAAUUCUACCCUGCAGAUCACUUUUCUUCUCCAUUCAUAGGGGUUUUUUUUAGCUACAACAGGGCAUAUGUUUAGCUAUGGAAGUUAGAGGGAAUGACCUAAGUGGUUGGACACCCAGGGAGCUGUUGUACCUAGAACAGAAAAACAGAGGUCUGGCUUGAAAAGAGGCACUGGUCAUUCCAGAUGGGGAAAUCCUCUAAAAAGAGGAUUUAGUACUACAGUUUUUCACUACCCAUUGCUUUCCAACUUUUAGCAAGCCAAGGCAGAUUUUUCUGAAUAUAUUUUGCUCCUCUUAUUCCCAUCCCCUUAAAGAUGUGAAAGAAUGAAAGGUGUGCACCCAGAGAAGUCCACCUACCAAGCAUUUCCAUGAGGCAGUGUUCUACCCAGAACAGAGAGUCAUGCAGGGUUGCAGCAGCAAUUCUCAGCGUUUGUCUUAUACCUGUUUGGAAGAUGGAUGCUGGAUUCAUGGGCCAACAGAAUCCUUAUGUGAUGGCUCCGCACAUCAGUGUCUUAACAAAUAGUGCUAUGGAUAGAACCCUGCCUCAUAUUAUACUAAAAUGAACACUUAAAACCAUUAAAUAUUUUAUAAUAAGCAAUAAAUCUUACAAAACACAGAUUAUCUGUACCUAUAUCUAGCUUAAAUGUAAAGGGACCCCUGACCAUUAGGUCCAGUUGUGACCGACUCUGGGGUUGCGGCGCUCAUCUCGCUUUAUUGGCUGAGGGAGCCGGCGUACAGCUUCCGGGUCAUGUGGCCAGCAUGACUAAGCCGCUUCUGGUGAACCAGAGCAGCGCACAGAAACGCCGUUUACCUUCCCGCCAGAGUGGUACCUAUUUAUCUACUUGCACUUAGGGGUGCUUUCGAACUGCUAGCUGGGCAGGAGCAGGGACCGAGCAACGGGAGCUUACUCCGUUGCGGGGAUUCGAACCGCCGAUCUUCUGGUCACUAAGCCCUAGGCUUUGUGGUUUAGACCACAGCGCCACUGACGUCCCUAUAUCUAGCUUAGUUUGUUCAAAAGCACUUCCAGUGAUGUCCUUUCAUAAAGCGCAGUAGACAGCCUUGAACCCAUCGCAUUUUCCCAGCCUAGACUUCCUUACAGGGUUGUUGUGAAGAUAAAAUUAAGAGUUCCAUGGUGGAAAGACAGGAUAUACAGUAAAUGUAUGUCCUGUAAACGUGUGAACCCUGCUACUGCUGUUACAAUCUUAAAAACUGCCUCUAAACUUAUUUGGAGGAAAGCUUCACUGAGCUCAGAGGAACUUCCUUCCAACUGCACACAACUUGGCAGAUAUACCUUCCUCAGAAAAAUAUAUUUGCUACUUUUAUAAACUUUGUUGAGUCAGUAACUUUCUCCAUAGUGCCACGCUCAUUCGGGGUGACCUAACUGAAGUCUUAUUCAGUUAGAAUUUGACUUGUAUUUGGGUGUUGGGGCAAGCUGAAGUUCUGAACUUAUAAAAAAUGUGCAUUUUUCUAGCUGUGUAGUUUAAGCGUGGGUGGGGAACAUGACAGAUGAAAGUUUAACCCCAUGGCAUCAUGCUUCGGUAAUAAGGUUGCCCGAUUGCAGCCCGGUUCUCUUUCCCCAAAACACCUUCUGCGUGUUUAUUCCCCCCUCCCCCUGCAUCCAACAGAAUUCGAACCCAAGCGUGUCAGAAAAGGACUGCAACCGGGCAUCCAAGGAGAUCCCAUGAAUACACACCCCACGUUAUCAGGGUAUGCAUUCCUAAAUGCCGCUCCAAAUCAUUAAUACGCAUUGCCCCAUCGGAAGAAAAUCAGCUGGGGUGGUUUCUGCAAAUGUCCUGGUGUGCUGGGGCGCCAUAAAAGUCAGACUAGACUCCGAGAGACAGGUGAUUUGCGUACAAGCCCCUUGAACUCUGCGUGGGCUUGACUUCCCGAGCAAACACAGGUAGCGAGCUGGAUGCUUACUAAGGUCUCCGAUCUUGCAAAGAUGAAGAUGACGAAGAAGCGCCCUCCAAACCUGCCAGGGUCAGGUGGGCUGUGAGACGAUCGCCCUGCAGCUCUUUACCUCAGCUGUGUGCGCUGCUAUUACUUUACUACUGGCAACUCCACGAACUUCCCACCCCUUGUUUUUUCCCUAUUUCCAGAGUGGUUUGUGGCUUGGGUUUUGUGUGUGUGCUCCCAUUCUGUCAGGCGGGUGUUCUUUUUGAAUGAAUGACUUAACCGCUCGCGGCCAAUAGGCGCUGGGCCCUGCUUAAUAUUCAGGAGCCCCUUGUCCAAUGUCAGGGCGAGGAGGUUGUUUUAAACGGCAGAGCCCCGCAGCCAAUCAGGCCGCUCUCGUAGGAAGCCAACGCGAGGCUGAGCCACAGCUACUAGCGCUGAGUCUUAGCGCGUCGUGUGUGCGCCUCGCUCUCUUCCCUUGCAUAUUGCCUAGGUUAAAGCGAACAAUACAGGUAGGUUUCGUGGAGCACUUUGCAACUUUUUUCCGGGGGGAGCGGCUGCUUUGCUAGCCCUUCUUUUUAAUUUCCCCUUUUAAGAACAAAACAACGCGCUCCAUUUUUAAUUGGGGGAGGGAAAAAAAUCUUUUGCAUUUUUAUUUUAUUUCAUUUCUCUUGUCUCUCAAUAUCCCGAUCAACUUUUAUCUCUUGGCUUCCCACCCACCACACCGUUCUUUAACUAGGCGUGGGAAAUCAAGACUUGUCCCGAAUCCUGGUGUAAAUGGAGCUCGGUUUAAUUUUUAUUUAUUUAUAUUUAUUUUUAAUGGGGUGGUGAUAGCAAAAAGGAAUGGGGGACGGAGGGCGACGGCGCACGGCAAGGCUAUAUAUAAUGCAUUCUCGUCUCUUACUCUGUAAGGGGGGCGGCGGGAUAAUAAAGAUCCACACACAAAGUAGGUGCCGGGGCGGGGGGCACGCGUGGAUUUUCCGCUGGUGCAUUAACUUCCCCCGCAUGGGCUGCGGGGACCUCCCGCUUAACGGGCAUGCCAGCCCGGUUCCCCGCUUCUCCUCCUCCACGCGUGUCGUCUCCUGCCCUGGGCUCGCCUUCUUGGGGAAGAGAGGAAAGUUGCCUUAGCCGUGCGCAUUGCUGGUGCCUUGCUGUUUAUUCUGCAUUAAUAAUGGCUGUCGCUUUAGCAGCUGACAGGGAUAAGCUCUGCGCGUCCCGGAGAGAGAAGGGAGAGAUGAUAACACACAUCUCUCUUCUCCCUUCGCCUCUUUAUUCCUUUCAACUACAAUUUUUUUUUUUGAAAAAAUGUAUAUUUUUGUUCCCUUUCCCUCUCCACCGCGCCUUCCGACCCGUCCCGAACCUUUCGUUUCCUCCCCGUCUCCUUUUCCCCUGUCCGAAAAGGUGCCCCUCGUCCCCCUCCGACCGCCGCUAAGCCCCGGACCGUUUCCCUUUCGCCCCUUGCUACAUUGCUUUUUGAGCUGAGCUCUUGUGUGCAUUAAUAUGGCUGGCGUUUCGGUGGCACCGCUGAAGGAAGAAAGACGCGUAAAGGCAACAGAGAGGCGGGGAGGGGGAGCGGCGCUGGGGAAAAAACCCCGUUGGGAGCCCCCAGAGCCCCCAAACCUUUCGCUUCCUUCCCCGGUCCUCCUUCUCUAUCCGACCGUGCCCUUAGCGGGCUGUUUCGGGGCCGUUUUGGCUUUUUCCAGCACUUUUAUCUCCUUGCGAUUCGGCGCGGCUGUGUGCUGAGCCAGGGCUUGUAAUGGCUGCAUGGCAGUCUUUGUUAUACAGGCUAUUGCGCUAAGCAGGGACAUGGGAGGAGAGGGGGGUGGCUGCUUCAAAGCUGCUUUUCCCCCCCUUCCCGACCCCCGGGCGCCCCCAGACCCCCCUCAUAGGAAAGAGCAGAGCUUUUUCUACAAGGCUGGCUUGUUUUGGGGAGCCUUGGUGCUUCGGUUUCCUUUCCUGGGGGGUUCAUCCGAGCAGACGGGUGCCGGUGGCUUUGUUAGGGAUAGCAGUCUCGCUGCCUUGUAGAGAAGCCAUUUUAGCGAAUGGAGCUGGCUGGCUAUGGGCGAGGGGGGAACUCCAUAUCCCUGCCUUAGCAAAGCAAAGACUAUAGAGAUAGCUAUAGCAAGGGCAAGAACCCCGCCGCCUGCCCCAGCUCCAGCCGGCUUUGCCCCCUAGGGCUAAAGGCACCCCGUAGGAGAGCCGAAGGGAUUAUUUGAGGGGUACUUUCUUUCAUGAGUAAACAUUACACAAAAUGGAAGAUGAAUUAUUGGUGUCUUUCGUGACCUGUCGUUUUCUCUCUCCCCCCUUCUCUCUUUUCACCCAGCUUACCGGAGCCACUCCAGCAAAUAUAUAGCAAUCCCAGGCAUAUCCCAGCAGCGUUCGCUAAGGCAAUAAAAGGGGCUUUUUUAAAUGCAAGUUGUCCCAAUGUAGUAAAGCAAAAAAGGAGGACGCGGGGGGGGGGGAUUCCCCCCCAAUGACCUUGGGGGCGGGGGGAGUAAGGGACAGAAUUCAUUUAUUUUUCUGAAAAAAAGAAAGGAAUAAAGAAACGAAAUGUGGGUGGGUUUUUUCCCCUCCUUCCUCCGAAACUUUUUCAGAUAGUCAUGCAGCCUUUUAAUAAGGGACUGAAAUAGGAUUUUUUAAAUAAAAAAAUCUUUUUUUCGAAGAAAGGAAAUUUGAAAAAGGGGGUGUUGAGCUCUUUUUUUUUCCUGGGGAGGAAGAAAAUUAAUUCCAACUUCUAAAGACAGCGUAGUACAAAUAAUUAUUUUAAAUACAUUUUUUGAAAAAAAAUCACGAACAGUUUUUUCUCUCCUUUUUAACCCCACAAAUGGUUGCUUUUUCAGGAAACGAGAUGGGAAAGGUGCAUUCAUAUCUAAAAAGUUAGCAACUGCUCUGGAAAUUAAAUAAACAGCGACCAACCUGACAUCAAAAGUACGAUGUUGCUUUACCAAGAGAGCCAGUCUUAUAACUUGUGCUGUAAUAAAUAAACUCUUUAAACAUAUUGUUUUUCGAGAUAUGGGUUUUAAAAUGCUGAAGUGCCUACAGAAGAUGCAUGACAGCUACUCUGACAUGAAAUGCAUUUUAUUUUAUUUUUAAGUUCUGAAGCAGUAGCAAGGGAGUUUUCCUACUGGGUGGGCCAGCCAAGGAAUGCAAGUCACAACUAUGUGUAUUAGUUAACCCUUUUAAUACUUUGGUAUUAUGGGCUAGUUCACACAUGUGCUUCACAUUGGAAGUUGGGAAGCUGCCUUCUGUUGAGUCAAGUCCAUCUAGCCCAGUGUUGUCUUCACUGGCUGGCAGCAGCCCUCUAGUUUUUCUGAAUGGGGUGCAUUCCCAGCCCUACCUGAAGAUGCCAGGGAUUGAACCUGGGACUUUCUGCAUGCAAAACAGAUGCUCUGCUAUUGAGUUAUGGCCCUUGAUCAUCAAAUGUAAGCAAAUCAGCUGGAAGUUGAUGCUCACUCAGGUGAAAAUACCAUACAAUAACGAUGUGUGCAAGCCAGCAGAGGACUUGCAUGAUGUCCAUGUCGACUCAAAAAACACACACAACUUCCCAGUGGACAGAAAUGGGCACGUUUUGGCUGAGAACUUUUAAAAGUGGUGCAUGCAUGCAUGCAUGAAAGUGCAAAUUCGCUUUGGGCAAUGCAACUUAUGUUUUCUUGCCUGGUAUACGCAACAUAAAUCGCCUGUUGCGGUGGUAGGUGGUGAUUUUUCCCAAAUGUCUUUCCAGGGAGUAAAGAUGGCUAAAGGUGACCCGAAGAAGCCGAAGGGGAAGAUGUCUGCUUAUGCCUUCUUUGUUCAGACCUGCCGUGAAGAACACAAGAAGAAGAACCCGGAAGUUCCUGUCAACUUCGCAGAGUUCUCCAAGAAGUGCUCAGAGAGGUGGAAGGUACUGUCUGCAAGACCCAAAUUCUUAUACUUGCAAUAAAGACAGCAGCCUAAUAAGAGAAGAAUGUGUGCUUCCUGCACUUUAAAACACACACACACACACACACACACACACACACUUUCAGCUUUAGGAACAAAAGCAGCCUCCAUUAAUUCAACUCAUUAAGCCCCCACUUUGAGCUUUGUGGCACUUGUCUCAAAUAACUGCAGAGAGAUUUGCAGCCCAAGUCAAGAGGUCUAAAACCCUGCUUGAGUCAUCGCUUUCAGCAAUGAGUAUUCAUUGGGCAUUGCCAGAAAACUUUCAAGCAUUCUUUAUAUAAUCUUAGAGGCUACAAACUUAUAAAUGAGAAUGGAAGUUCUCAGGAAGCUGAAUUCUGCAUCCUCUGAUUUUAAGGGUGGGAAGGAAACGUGGCCCUAUAGGGAUACCAUGUUGGAGUUAGAGCCCUAAACAUCUGAUGAGCACCAUGUUGGCUACCCAUGCUCUGUUUUGUCUGGAAUGGCAGCAUUUGCACAGGUCUAGCUACGGCUGAUCAGUCAAGAAGAUGGUCUUAAAAUCAACAAACUGUGCGAAAGGAGCAAAAAGAGGGUGCAAGCCACCAUAUAUAGUCUUAAUUUGGAGUUUGCCUCCCAUGUGUACAAAGCAUGCAUCAAUGAGCUGGUAGUCCUACAAACUUGGGCAGGGGGCACUUGGAAGGUCAUUUCUGUGUACACAUGGCUGAGGGCAUCUCAGCCAGGUUUUUGGAACAUAGGAAUCUGCAGUGGCACACUAGCCUAGUGACGCCCACUUGGGAAGGCAGCAACUCUGCAGGGUCUCUUUCCCAUUCAGUAAAUUUGUGCCUGGGACCUUCUGCAUGCAAAGCCAAUCUUGAUAUAUGAACCUGCCUUUGUUUGUGGCUCUUUUGGGUGGGUGGGUGGGUGGGGGGAAGGCAGAUGAGUAACUGCCUGCAUUUGCCUUUCAGACCAUGUCAAGCAAAGAGAAGGGGAAAUUUGAUGAGAUGGCUAAAGCUGAUAAAGUGCGGUAUGAUAGAGAGAUGAAGGAUUACGGACCAGCAAAGGGUGGUAAGAAGAAGAAGGACCCCAAUGCCCCCAAACGGCCACCGUAAGUAACUUCCCUGCAUCAGUAUACAUACAUAAACUUACUCCCAGAUUUGUUAGGUAGCAAGAUGCAACCUACAUUCAAACAAAGUUAAGAAAGAAACAAGUAGAUCUGGCAGUAGGAAGCCAAAACAGACCAUUGGUCCACCUAGGCCAGUAUUGUCUACACUGACUGGCAGUGGCUUCCAGGGUCUUUCCUAACCCUACCUGGAGAUGCUGGGGAUUGAACCUGAGACCUGAAUGCUAAGCAUGUGCUCUACCACUGAGCUAUCCUCCCAUACCCCCCGGGAUAUCAGACAAGCUACAAUAAAGCACCUCUAUUUUUUUUUUACAAACCCUCUUCAGAGCUGGCUGCAACUUCUCACUCUGCUGCUUUUGGUGAGAGUUAACCCAUUAUCAACAACAAACUGUUAGAAAGACUUGAGAGUUUUCAAGAUAGUCAUGCAACUGCUAAUUUAAAGAAACAGCAACAGCAACAAAGUUAAUGCUUUUGAAGGCUGCUAAUGCCUGAUCACUUAAGCUUUAAAUCUUGGCACUGAGUAGUUGAUUGAGAGUGGCACCAUUUGCCACUUACGUGACUAUCUUGGAGGUGGGGAAAAGGAGCUUGAAAUCUUGACUUCCCUUAGUGACCCUGAUCUCCUAAUUUUAUUAUUUAAUGGCGCUCCAGAGUGUUCGGUGUGUCAUAACAUUUAGUGCUUAACAACAGUCCUGUAAGAUGAACCAGAAGUUGCGUCUCCAUAUGACGGGGUGGGUUAGGGAUGCGGGUGCUGAGGACUAGUGACUUGCCAAGGCCCAUCUAGUGAGGUUUUGUUUUUAAAAAGGUAGAAUUUAAACCCAGAAAUUCCUAGCUCCUGUCUAGGUUAUAUCUUCUCUCACUGGUUUCGUUCUAGUCAAAGUGUUAGGGAUUUUUGCUACCUCACCCCACAACAAAUGCCCCGGGACCUAUAAUAGUGCGAUGCUAAAACAGUGCUUAUAAGGAGUAGCGCAGUCUGCUGUGGGUAUAAGCCUCAGUCUCGUGAACUCCUCACUCGAUUCUCUGCUGUGGGCAGGAAAUGGGAAGCUUUUGCUUCCAGUCUUGCAGCAGCCAUGUCCAGGGGAGCAUUAAAGGCCAGGGCUGAGGCGUGCAACGCUAAACCUCUGUAGUGUUGCGUCAGAACCAAGUAACUGUGGAGAAGAAGCUACUGUUUUUUAGACCAGUUUUUUUGAAGUGUAGGUAAAAGACCCUUGGCCCACCACACCAGCUCUCAACUGUGGUUUGUCUUCUCCCUCCCACCCUCCACAAGGUCUGGAUUCUUCCUGUUCUGUUCAGAAUUCCGUCCCAAGAUCAAAUCCACUAAUCCUGGCAUCUCCAUUGGAGACGUGGCAAAGAAAUUGGGUGAAAUGUGGAACAACCUCAGUGAUGGGGAAAAGCAGCCUUACAACAACAAGGCUGCAAAACUGAAGGAGAAGUAUGAGAAGGUAAGGCUCAGGUGGCUUCUGUCCAAAGGGACCCUUGUUUGCAUUUGCUCCCAAAACAAAACUUUGUCUCAUGGCAAACACUUCGAAGCAGACUUCUCCAACCUGGUGCACGCUCCAGGUGUUUCAUUGCACUACUAGUUCCCUUCAGCGCUAGCUAGCACAGGUAGGAGGGCGCACUAGUUUGGCGAAGCCUGCUUUAGAGGUGAACUGCGGUGUCCCCAGUUUGGUGGAGUAUUUUUCAACUUAACACGGCAUUCCAAGCCAGCUCCUUAACUGGGAACGAAUUCCAGUGACAUCUGCGAAUGCAAACUUACCAGGAAAAAGUGCUUACAGGCAUCUCUUGGCUCCAAGGCCUUCUAGCACCAGCAAUGUAUGGUAUGUUGGUCUUCAUGUCACUGGAGGAAACGUAGGCUUUGACUGGAUUGGAAUUAGCUCACCCCGUCCUGGAGGCUCAAGGCAGAAACAAAUUACUGAAACACUCUCAGUACUGAACAUUUUAAAGCUUUCCCAAUUUGCCCUGGCUCCUAGAAGCCAGCGUGCUUGUUUGCUUUUUUAAAAUAAAGUUGUAAAGCUGCAACUUCUUUUUCCAUCUCUUCUCCAUCAGCCAUCGCAAAGGAACAGUGAUGGGCUGUGCUAAAAGGCUUGAAAGCUUCAUAAUUCUAAGUAAGAGAGUAGGAAAAACCCUGUUGGAUCAGGCGUGUAGUGCAAUAUCCAGAGGUUCAACAAGAUUCCUAUAGGAAGCCUGCAAACAGGACCUGAGUCUCCACAAGAGAUGAUAUUCCCAAGAGGUGGUACUUUAAAACAUUUAUUCCCCUCCUUUUCCUCUUCACAAAAGGGAGUUGCUCAGAGCAGCUUACAAAUAUAAAAGAAAGCAUAAGGCACAAGUUAUCAAAGCUAAAAAUGGCAGCAAACCCUCCACAAAUACCAGCAUUUGAAUCAGUACAAUUAAGCAUCAACACACAAUUCAAAAACUUGGGGAAUGUUUUCAGUUGCUAGAAGAAUACAAAUAAAUGAAGAGAGGUAAACAUUGCUUCUUGCCGCAAGGAAUUCUGCAGAUGGGGUGCCACCACAUACGAGGCCCAUUGCCCAACCUUAUUUCAGAAGACAGUGGUCUAUGCAAGAAAUGUGCAACAGCCAGUUUGUAAAGGAGAGGCAGAUGCACAAGAGAUCCCUAGGAACAAUAACACAAUCUUGAAUUGCACUUGGUAGUGGACUGGUAGGAAGAUGCGUACAUACAAUUCCACAUGCAUUCUGUUAGUGAGCAGAGUUCUGAUCUGUUUUUUUUAAAAAACCAAAAAACCCCGUAAGGGGCUUUUUUUGGGGGGGGGGGGGGGUCUAAGCUCUAAAAAGUUACAUGCAUUGGAGGAAUGAUGCAAGGUUCUUAGGCAUAUCAGUUAGGUGUAAAAUUACUAUGGGAGAGGUGUUCUGACUUACGCAAGUCAGCAAAACUCUUAAGGGUAAAGCAGCAGUUAAGAUAAGUUUCCAAGGCUAUUGUUAAAAGCUUUUGGUUAAAUACACACCAUUUAUAUAAAGCACAUGGCUUCCCCCCACAGAAUCUUGUGAACUGUAGUUUAAAGCUGCUGGGGAUUGCAGCUCUGAGGGGCAAGCUACAGUUCCCAUGACUCUUAAAAGUGGUGCAAGUGUGUGUUUUUUAGUAUCUGGUGACCGUGUGCAGAAGGGACCAAACAUGAGUCAGUUGAAAGGGGCUGCGUCACAUGUGUACACAUACCUUACCUAUCAAAUCAGGACCACCAAAGCAGAUCUCUUAAAGUAAACCAGUUAACACCCAGCACAUUGAAUUGGGACAGGAAACAUACCAGAAACUAAGCUCCCCAGAAAAAAAAAAUCUGUUUCUGUGGCUCUUACUCUAAACUCAUGUCUUGCAAUUUGGAGGUGCCUUGUGGCACCUCUUGUAAGCAAAGAGGCAGCGGGUGUCACUGAUCAACUGAGAGUUCUGGAGCAUCUUUGCUCUCUUCUUCCUAACAAUUAGGGCUGGAGAUAAUGCAACUUUCCUUAGCUCGUGUAAAUCUGUAUAGCUGGAACAGGGAACAUGUGGCUGUCCAGAGGCUGUUGCAGCCCCUAGCCAGCACACACCAUUGUCAGGGCUGAUGGGAGUUGUUAGUUGAACAUCUUAAAAAAGGGGACCGCUGCUGCUCUUUUUUUUGGAAGGGGGUUUACAGAAUUUUGACACCGAAUCUUGACUUCUAAAAAGCGCAGAGUGUGACGUUGCUAGCUAGAUGCCUAGAGCUCCUUGGGUGAAUGGGAGGCAGUCCUCUUCAUGCUAUGCACACAUCUCCAGGUGGAGUGGCAUCUUAUGGGGGGUGCAAGAGGCUUGGGGCCCCUUGUUCAAGUGGCAACCCACCCACUGUUCUCUGUAGGCAAGCCAUUGUUUCUAAACGCAAGUGUUAUAGCCGCUAAGGACCACCACCAGCUUCCAGCUAAAGAAGUUGCAAUGUUACAAAGUCAAUCCUCCGUACUGACGGUUUUGUUGUGUGUGUGUUGUUUUUUUUAAAAAAGAUCCAGACCCACCCUGGUCAUCUCCCCACCUCUUGCAAGGUGUCCCAUGGGUGACUUGUUCAAUAGCGCUCUUACCUUCUUCCAUGUGAGAGAGGCUAUUCUGAGUCACUGUCCCACUUAAAGGGGGUUGGGGUGGGGGACACACCUGCUGAUUAUGCCAAUGCCAGUGAAACUCACCCUCUUGCUGUUGCAGGAUGUGGCUGACUACAAGUCUAAAGGCAAGUUUGAUGGUGCAAAGAGUGCCGCGGCUAAAGCUGCUGCUGCAGCUCGGAAAAAGGUAGAAGAGGAGGAGGAUGACGAAGAAGACGACGAGGAGGAAGACGAGGAGGAGGAGGACGAUGAAUGAGAAACUGUAUAAUAUUUGUCUCCAUGUGAAUACCAUAGAGUAGGGGAAACACCAUUUGGAAAAAGAGAAAACAAAACAAGGCACCUGUUGCUUAAGACGGUGUCUUCAUUUGCCCUUUUUAUUAGGCUUAAAUGACACAAUUUGGAUUCUGACCACGCCGUACGUAGCUCCUUUGGGGAAGGGAAUUUCGAAUAAAACGUGCUCUAAGGGGAAAAGAAGGAAGGAAAAAAGCUAAAAAGCAACCAAACCACAGUUUACGUUAAGUGGCCACGGUGCCCUUAGGCACCCUGAAACUGUAACAAAGUUGUACAUAUUUCCAAACAUUUUUGAAACAAAAACGAAACAAAAAAAAGUGGGAGCAAGGCGCUCUUGUGUUCUCCUCAACUCUGUGCACUUUCCUGUUGGUGUAACAAAGCAUUUAAAAAUGUUUCUCAAGCAUCUUAUUUUUUAAUUUGUAAGGUGGUGUUUUAACUAUAUGGUUAUUGGCUAGAAAAUCCUGGGUUAUAAAACUGUACAUAUCUAUAGUUUGUAAAAACUAGACAGAUUCUUGUGGUUCAUGCUUUGAGCAGUGAUGCCCUCAGGGUGGGAAGGCAUAUGACUAACUGAAGGUUGUAAUGUUCUUCCACGGAGGGGUCGUGUCUCAAAGCACGCUCUACGAAAUUAGAUCUAUUUACACUACAGUGGGCGUCCAUUUAGCUUAAAGUUGUCUUUCUGUAUAUAGUGAAACUAGCAUUCUGCGGCCAUUCUUAGUUGUGGAAGGGGAGGGGGGGGACUUCAGCUGGCAUGAGAAAAUGUAUGGAAUCUUUUUUUUCUUUCCCUUUUUUUAGUUAAGCGGGGUAGUUUUGAAACGGAAACUGUAGGUCUCUUCGUUGUCAGCUUAAAACGUGAAGAGAGGGCGCAGAAAACAAGUUCAAAAACACUCUGUACUUAAAAAGAGAAACAAAUUUGCAAAAACGUUAUGUUGGUUUUUUUUGUAUGUUUAGAAUGCUGAAAUGUUUUUGAAGCAAAAAUAAACAGUAUUACAUUUUUAAAACCUCUUGACAAUAUUCUAAAAAUUUUCUGCUUUGAACAAGGUUCCUGCAGCCGCAGCAGCAGCAGCAGCAAAAGGAAACAUUAGCAGUUCUGGCAGCAUCAACCCAGCCAGUGGAUCAGUUUAAAACUUAUAGCAGAUAUUUUCCCCCACUUUCCCAAGGAUGAACGUGAAGCACAGUUUCAAUACUGGUCUAGGAAAGGUGACUACUUGAGUUAAAGAUGCUAUGCAAGUUUGAGUCUCUUACUCCUUUGAAAGUAGGAGGCUUGUGAUCUUAAAUUGUGUGAAUUACCACCAUUUGGAAAGGUAGGUGACUAAGGGGGAGCAGAUGUUUCUUUCUAGCUGUGUUGGGUACCUUUAUAGCCCAAAUGCUAUGCUUUGUAAAUAUUAAAAUGUGCCUUUUUGUCCUGUGUUUAAACUGUU